AUGAAUCGACAGACAUUGGCUGAAGCUACGAGUUUACAUGAUGGUCCUGUGCCGGUGUACCUCAUGGAGGAGAUUGCAAAUGGUACAAAAAACAGUGACCGGGAUGCCGAAAAAACAGCUGAUUAUAUCCUUGGGCGACUGCACAAGAGCAACUUAAACGUGAAACUGAAGGCAUUGCAGAUAAUUGCGUUUUGUAUCAAAGAAGGCAGUCAUGUGUUUACAGAGGUUAUUCGAGAUGAAGAAGAGGAGAUAUCGAUCUAUUUACAGUUUUCGGGAGCUUCGGAUCCAGUAUAUGGAGAUGAAAAAUAUCGUCGGAUUCGAGUGGCAUCACAGGAAGUGCUGGUGAAUUUACAUGAUGUAAGAUCCCUUUCACGUCGGAAUGGAGAACAACAGCAAGAACAAUAUAUACAGCAACAACCUCUUCAAAAUGGCGUGAUCAGUGUGCAGGGGCAAGUUUCACGAGGAGAUAAUGCACCAUUCUAUGGCAAUGCAAAUGAAGGGUAUAAUCAACCGGAACGGCAGCACUCGAGUGUUGGUGGAUCGUGGGGGCAGCCACUUCCUUCUCAUCAGCCAGCAUUGUAUCAAGAUAGCCCUUCUAAAGGCUUUAAUGGGCCGUCUGAAGUAAGGUCCUUUGUUCCCCCGAGUGGAGGUGCCAGCAGCUAUGGCGAUAGUAGUGGACAGAAUGGUGGUAGCGUAGGAGGACAUGGCUAUGUUCAAAAUGGUGCGCAGAAUGGAUACGGUCAGAACGCGCCACCACAACAACAACAACAACCACAACAGGCAAGUGGGUUUAACUCGUGGGUAUCCUCGUCGGGCACUGGGGGUGUGGCCUCGAAGAGCUCUGGUGCCGGUACAUGGAGUAGUUCAGGUUAUCAAAAGAAGGACGCUGCGGCGGAUAAUGAGCCGCGCUACAACUUAUCCACAGGACGAGACAACCGCCCUACUGUGUUGGUUGGCCACUCGCUUCAUUUUCCCAAGCCGGCUGGGGGAUUUGGUAGUAGCAAUACAGGUGCGACGUCAGGACUUGGUGGUUUCAACAGCGGUACAUACGAUCCGAACGCUAUUCGUGGUGCUAUCGGUGCAAAUGUGUACAAUCCGAAUGCGAUGGGAAGCGAUGCGCAGAGCGGCUUUAAUAAUCACCAGUCGGGUGGAACAGCUACGUAUGCUGGUAACUCGAACCGUAUGAGCGGCAAUACUCACCGCAUCGGAAGCAUAGGUCUUCCAGUGAACGGACAGCCGCUCAGUGAUGUCCCAACGACGGCUCUGGGCAAGAAGGCAGAAGUACUGAAAAAGAUGGGUACAGCAGCGCUUGAAAAAUGGGAUCGCCGUAAUAUGGACAAAUCGAUGGCAUCAUCCUUGGCAGAUCACGACGAAUUGCGCGCCGGUCCGCAAGUUGUUGACCACAAUUACUACCAGCCGAAUGCCCAACAGGGAGCCGGUGGAGGUGACACUAGCAGAGACUAUGAGCGUACAAUGAUAGACAACUUGUGCGCUCCGGCGGGCCUUUCGCGUGCGCCGCCUGCAGAUGGUCUUAAGCGGUUUGUCGACCUUGCACAGACGCUAGAUGCUCAAACUAUUGGGGACAUCUUGCUUGACAAGCUAGAAGACGAAACGUGGCAAGUUCGUUUAAAGGGUUUACAUGUGGUACUAGCCCUGUUUGAUUCACCUGGUGUAGGACCAUAUCAGGAGUUUUUCGAGGAAAACGUAGAGGUCGUCGAAGAGCUGCAACACGAUGCCAAACCAAGUGUAGUAUCAAAGGCGUUGCAGGUUUUGCAUGCGCUCGGUUAUGCAGAUGAAAUGGCUCCUCAGCCAAGCAGCAGACGUGUGGUUGCCAAACAAUCUCAACGCAGUAGUUCCACAAAGAACCGCGUGCAGCAGCCGCAGCAGGAAGUAGAUCUCCUUGGUUUUGGCUCACUCAGUCUUGAAUCACCUGCGGGUUCUUUCGGCCAUAGCGCUCAAGGUACAUCGGAUCUUUUUAGCUCUCCUAUCACUGGACAGCCGCCAACGCUCCCAACACCUUUUCAGGAAGUUUCGCUUUUGGAUGGCUUGGACACACUAGGGAGUUCUUCGUCAUAUGACCCUUCCUACACUCAGCAGCGGCAAGCCGUUCCACCUCAGCAACAAUAUUACCAGCAGCCGGAGCAAGAUGGGCGUAACAAAUCGUUGAGCCAUUUUGAAAAGGACCUUUUUGCAAUUGCCAACUCUCCGCGGACAGCUGCAAGCACGGCACCACAUCCUGGGACCAGUGAUGGUCCGAACCUCAGUGGCAGUCAGUCAGCAUUUAACUUCUUGUAG